AUGAUCGUGAGCCAAGAAAUAUACAUAAUAAUCAUGGCGGAUUUGAUCAGUUCUGACGACAAAGAGAAGUCGAUAUAUUUGUUACAAAUUCAAUAUCUGGAUAAGCAGCUGGAGAGACGUCAGCUCCAGUGUGACCAGCUGGAGAAACAGAACAAAGACCUGUCCUCCGGCUGCAGCGUGCUGAAGACGGACAAGACCGACAUCGCCACGUACCUGAAGCACUCGUUCGUUGAAAAAGAUCAGAAGUUGGAGGAGCUGGCCGAGCAGCUGGAGAGUCAGCCGCAGGCGGCCGAGCUGGAAGUGGAGGCUCUGAAGCUUCAGCUGAGUGGACAUCUGAAGGAGCUGCAGGACCGGACCGACCAGCAGAACUCAGAGAACAUCAAGCUGGUGGCUAAGUUUGUGGAGCAGCAGGAGCUGGAGGAGCAGCUGAGGCAGCUGACGGAGCAGCAGUCCGACAUGGAGUCUGUGAAGAAGCAGCUUCUCCGGCAGAGUGAAGCGUAUGGAUCUGUCAUCAGCACCCUGAAGGAGAAAAGAGAGUUUGAGCGGAAGAAGGUAUUACGGAAGAUGUGGUCCACGGAGGUAGAUUACAUCGAGACGAAGACGUCGCACAUCAUCCAGGAGGAGAGGGCUCAGCAUGGAGAGCUUCAGGAGAAGGUCGAGGUCCUUCUGAACAAGAACAAGGUUCUGUGGAAAGAGAAGAGCUACCUGCAACGACAGAAACUUUUUCUUCUCAUAGAGAUGGACAAGAUGAGGGAAAACACCAAAGAGCUCACAGAGAAGAACUUCAGCUGCAAGAUGGAGGUGGAGCAGCUGACGAUGAGGAGGCAGCAGGUGAAGGUGGAGCUGAAGGACUGUGGCAUCGCCCACCAGAGCCUGCUGGUGGAGGAAGAGUCUCUCAGACAGCUCCUGACCUCAGUGUCGGAGGAGGGACGUCAGAAAACAGCUGAGUCAGAUCGGCUGAGGGCGGAGCUCCAGAGGGAGACGAGCAGCAGGAGGCAGCUGGAGGCCGCCAUGCAGGAAGCAGCCGCCGUCCUCAGCCGCAUCCUGACGGACUCACAGAAGACGUCCAAGACUCAGGGUAAGAUGCUGAGGCUGCUGGAGAUCCUGCAGAGCUCCGUCCACGAGGGACCAGGAUCCACGCCUGAGGGGAGCAGUGGAGGACAGAAACCCCAGACCACUGACCCCCAACCAGCCAGAACAGAGACCCUGAACCUGUCUACAGAUCCGUCAUUCCUGAUGGCCCGCUUCAGACCAGGAGACCUGGGCCUCGUACCCCGGCCCUCGUGGAAACACCAACCAGUCUUCUCCAGGACCGGAGCUCAGCCGCCUCCCAACAGUAAAACUCUCUGAUCCAGAGGCCUUCACCUCCGCAGACCGCAGACCGCUGAUCCAGAACCAGAACCAGAACCAGUCAACAG